AUGGUAAAAUAAAAUUAAUAAAAUACAAUUAAUUUAAAUGAUUAAAAUGAUUAGUAGUUUUAAGAAUAUGAUUCAAGAUGGGCAACAUUUGCAGGCUACAUAAUCAUAACACUUACUUAUAAUUCUGUUUUACUGGCUUUUAAUCCAAUAAAUUCUUAAAUAUCAAAAAUCUACGAUAUAAAUCCUGUAAUUGUAUCUAUGAAUACUCUGGCAUCCAAUAUUACUUUCUUACCUAUGUCUUUUGUUGCAAGUUUUCUGAUGUAAAAGUUAGGUUUGCGCUUCACAAUUUGGAUUUCUUGCACUAUUAUGAUAGUUGCUGUAUGGAUAAGAUUACUCAUAAAUAAUAACUAUUACACUGUUCUUGGUGCUCAAAUACUCUUAGGUAUCGGUCUUCCCCUUAAUCAAAAUAUGAUGAACAGUCUCCCCGCUAUAUGGUUUAAACCCUAAAAUAGAAGAAAAAUAUUUUUGUUUUGCAUGCUAGGUUUGCUUAUCGGCUAGAUCCUGUCUAGUAUUCUCCCAGGUUUAAUGUUUAAUGGAUAUGAUGAUGAAAAAGAUUCUCUUACUAAUUAUAGUGAAGGGAAAGACAAAGCAUAUUAAGUAAUGUGCAUUGAAGCCUAUAUAGCAACACCUCUUGCAAUUAUUGGAUGCCUUCUCUUUUAAGAAAAACCUCCUACUCCCCCAAGUAUUGAAGCUGCAAAAGAAAAGUUACCUUUUGGUCCAUAAAUCAAAGAAAUUCUUACAAACAAAAACUACUUAUUGCUCUUUGUUUCUUUUGGUUUAUUUUCAGGUUGCUCUGGAGGAGCUAGUGUAGUUUUAUCUUACAUAUUAAAUCCUUUUGGGUAUGGAUCAGAAGUUACAACUUAUUGUAAUAAUACUAUAACAAUAGCAGGUAUUAUAGGUUUAAGGAGAGGAAUGAAAUACUUUAAAUAAAAUCCAGAUUAUAAAAAGCAUUUAAUUAUUAGCUUAGCAGUAACAACGAUUGGAUAUGGAAUAGCAAUACCUAUUCUUCCAAUCGGUAAUAAAAAUCUUCUACUUUUACCAUAUGCAGUAAUUGGUAUAUUAACAAUUCAUGCAAGCCCACUUUUCCUAAUGCUAUCUUCAGAAAUGACAUAUCCAGUGGAUCCAAGUAUAUCUGGAGGAUUACUUGCUGGGAGUGGUUAAUUAAUGAGUUUUGUUUCUGGAGAAACAUAUUCUGCAAUACUGAUAAAUGAGACAAAAACAAAUGCUAUUUUAGUAUACAUUAUUUAAGUUAUUUGCCUUGGAGUAGCACUUCUCCUUCUAUUCCUAAUAAAAAUUGAAUUAAAUAGAACUGAAGCUGAAAAGUAAGCUUAAUAAUAAUAAGAAAUAUAAAGUAAUUAAUAAGAUACAAAACCUUUACAAGUAUAAAGAAAAAGCUGA